GUAGGCUCCGCUUUUCCGCUCGGUCCUCGGCUUGAAACUCAGCUCGAAAAAUGAAAUUGAAGUAUCAGAAGAAACACCAGCCGCUCGACCCAGUUAAACAAGCACUUCGAAAAUUUGCACGUGUACUUGGCAAGGCCCUUCUAUACCUCGGCACGCCGCCCCUGUGCCCCAUCCACCAGUCCAGUGCGUUGGACCUACUGCACUGCCACUAUCUCUGCGUCGGCGUCUGUCCCAUCUGCGUCCUGAGUUGCUUUCCAGGAGGCGGGACAUCAUGUUCGAGUCCGUAUUCUUCGUGCUGCGGCAAUUCUACAACUUCGUCUGCCCCAUGCAAAUCUUCUACGAAAUCGAGGAGGCCGAACAAGGAGGCCAGCAAGAGGAGUGGGAUAUUUGGAGGGAACUUUGAGACUCGACGGCAUGACAACCAAACCAAUUGAUUAAUGGCUGGCUGGGCGGAAACUGUAGGCAAUAAAGAGAUCUCUCGCUUUCCCGGUAACCCAACUCCGAUUCGCACAUAAUUUUCACAUAAAUUGUCAAAUGUUUAAAGCCUGAGCAACAGUCAAGGUAACCUAA